AGCGCCCGCUGCAGUCGCCGCCGCCGCCGCCUCAGGCGAGAGCGGCCGAGUCCCCGCCUCGCCACUUCCGGUCCCGCCGCCCGGAGCCGGUGCUGGCUGUGAGGGGCUGCGUUUCGCUGCCGCCGGCCGGCUGGGGCAUGGUGUUGGGCGCCGGGCCCGCCUCGCCUGUCUCGGGGUGCCCAGGAAAAAGGCAGCAGUGAUGCUGACGCUGGCAAGCAAGCUGAAGCGGGAUGAUGGUCUCAAAGGAUCCCGGGCGUCAGCCACAGCCUCUGACUCCAGUCGGCGGGUGUCUGUGAGGGACAGGCUGCUUGUUAAAGAUGAGGGUUACUACCAGGGUGGAAAAUUUCAGUUUGAAACUGAAGUUCCUGACGCAUACAACAUGGUGCCUCCCAAAGUGAAAUGCUUGACCAGGAUCUGGCACCCCAACAUCACCGAGACUGGUGAGAUAUGUCUCAGCUUACUGAGAGAACAUUCGAUCGACGGCACCGGCUGGGCCCCCACAAGGACGCUGAAGGAUGUUGUUUGGGGAUUAAACUCUUUGUUUACUGAUCUGUUGAAUUUUGAUGAUCCACUGAAUAUUGAAGCUGCGGAACAUCAUUUGCGAGACAAGGAGGACUUCCGGAAUAAAGUGGAGGACUACAUUAAGCGCUACGCCAGAUGAUACGGGGAGAGGACUGCAGGGCCGCGGACUGUGCGUGAGAAGAUGGGCUCCACCCGCAACCAGAGGGAGCCUCUCUCCGGUUCUCGGCUCCCCUCAGUCCCGCCGGCUCAUCCGAGUCCUGUGACCGUGUUGUCCUGAGGAAGAACCUCUUCACGACCGCCCAUUGUAGCCGGAGAGUUCCACAUAAAUACAGCCAGAAAAUGUGUCUGGGGUCCUAAAGAGUUGUCUGCUUACCUUAACAUGUUUACUUUUUUGAAACUGUACUGUAUAGGCUGUUGAUGAGAAUGAACUCAGCGUCGAGGCUAGAGCUGCUUCUCCCCUCCCCCGUCAGUCCCGCGCAGGUGAUGCUCAUGACGUGCUCAGUGUAGCCCGCAGAUUGGCCGUCAGAAACCCGCUGCAAACUGUGAUUGGUGCGAAGUCUCUUAGCUCCUCCCACGAAUGUCGGCCCUGCCUAGGUGUCGUGAAGCUUCCCAGAAUGCAGAGUCAUUCACUGUAGAUCUCUUACUGAAAUGCGUAUUUUAUUUAAUGUAAGUAUAUUUUGGAACAGAUUUGUAAUUUGUACAAUUUAAUGCUUUAAUUAUUUUUUUCUAUUCUCAUUUAGUUUGUAUUUUCAUUGUAUAGAGCAGACAGAUGUUGGGUCAAGCAACUAUUGAGAAAUACAAAGAAAAUAUGAAAGGCA